AGUCGUCCAAUCCCCACCCAAAAUGCCAUGUUAAGAGAUGUUGAGAAGGUAAUUAGAGCCUCCUCUCCCUGUGAUCCGCGUAGCCCAACCCAUAAUUAAAUCAUUUGACAUUAAAAUGCCAUAUAUUAAAACCCAAAACCAAAUCUUUCCCUGCACCAGAUACAAGAAGAAGAAAAAGAAGAGAAGCAAGGAGAAGAACAGGAGGUGGAACUGGGAGAGGUGGAAGAGCUAAGAAUUUUUCUUCUUCUUCUUCUUCCUUUUCUUCUUCUCUUGUUUUAACAUGGGCGGCCAGGUCUCUAAACAGGUGCAGAGGCGGAAGGCGGUCUCGACCGAGACAAAAACUCUUUGCGAUCUUCGUCAGAAUUGUGGCUGUGAAUUCCCUGGUUUUGAUUAUCGUCCUCCUGACAGGAAAAAUUGGAUGGCCGGCCUUGACCCAGAAAAGGUUCAUGUGAAUAAGAUAGUGUGGCCUGGCACUCAUGAUUCUGCUACCAAUAAGAUUGGAAUUAGAUGCAUCAGUCGCCCAUUUGCUCAAUGCCAAUCAUUGUCCAUCUACCACCAGCUAGUAAGAGGCGCCCGAGUUCUCGAUGUCCGAGUUCAGGAGGAUCGCAGGAUCUGCCAUGGAAUUCUCUUGACAUACAGCAUCGACGUUGUCAUCAAAGAUAUCAGGAAGUUUUUAUCAGAGACGCAGUCGGAGAUUAUAAUUCUUGAGAUCCGCACUGAGUUUGGACACCAAGACCCGCCGGAGUUUGACAAGUACUUGGUGGAGCAACUCGGAGAGUUUCUGAUUCACCAGGAUGAUCAUGUGUUUGGGAAGACAAUUGCAGAACUUCUGCCGAAGAGAAUUAUAUGCGUUUGGAAGCCGAGAAAGUCACCUCAGCCCAAGCCAGGGAGCCCUCUGUGGAGUGCUGGGUAUUUGAAGGACAAUUGGAUCGACACAGAUUUGCCAUCGACGAAGUUCGAGAGUAAUCUGAAAAGUUUAGGGGAGCAGCAACCGCUUGUGUCGAGGAAAUACUUCUACAGGGUGGAGAACACCGUCACACCGCAAGCAGAUAACCCGAUUGUGUGUGUGAAGCCUGUGACGGGGAGAAUCCAUGGAUACUCUAGGCUAUUUAUAACCCAAUGCUUCUCCAGGGGGUGUGCUGAUCGGUUGCAGAUCUUCUCGACGGACUUUAUAGAUGAGGAUUUUGUCGAUGCAUGUGUUGGGCUGACGCAUGCCCGGAUUGAAGGGAAGGCCUGAGAACCAUUAUGGUUGUUCAAUUUUCUUCUUCUUCUUCUUCUUCUUCUUCUUCUUCUUCUUCUUCUUCUUCUCCUCGUUGGGUGAAUCAUAAUUCUCCACAUUAAAGUCAAUGAUGAUUCUUCUUCUUCUUCUUCUCUGGUUGUUGUUAAUGGAACCAGUUGUGGUUUUUUGUUUGGAAGUCAAUAAUUUUUGCUUGUGAAAUAAAAUGUACAAAGGGUUGCGCAAUGUAAAUUGAUCAGAUAUUGGUGUGAGGAUGACACGGAGGAUUUGGUUUGAACCAGUCUUGUGGCUAUGCAAGAAUCCGUAUAUGUUUCUUCUAUACUUCUGGCUUCAACUUCCUCAGAUGUUUGGGUAUGAGGUAUCAAAAUUGUAUUGGGUCUCGUCCAAAUGCAUAGAAGUUGAAAUUCGAGAUUUGAAAUUAUUAAUGAAGAUAUUGCAAUUGCUUGAGUUA